AUGGAGACGAAGAAAGAAGAAGAAACUCCUCUCAAAGGCAUAUUAUGUCUGAAAAACAAGCAAGACAUGACGAGAUUCGAGGAAACAGAGGACUGCUUCAUCCUCGAUUUUUAUCCUUUUGAUUCCUUUGACGUUAAAAAACUCUCCUUGUACGGUCAUGAUUCUGAGAAAGAGAAAGAUCUGGCUAUCAUCCACGAGACAGGCCAGGUAGCUUGUAGAGAUUAUCCACAUCCAAGACAUCUUUGCUUGAAUUUCCCAUUUGGAUCAACUUCUAAUGCAACCCAUUGUGAUCUGUGUUAUUGUUACGUCUGCGAUAAGCCUGCUCCUUGUGCACAGUGGAUGUCUUCGCAUUGCAAUACUUCAGCAGACUCUACGGAGCGUAAGAUCUCUGAGAAUCAGAACUACUGUAACUCCUAG